AUGCUCUUGGAGCUCUUCCAGAGGGUGAGGAAGCUCCUGCUCACGCCAGAGCCGCUCUUCCCGGCGGGGAGUAGCGCUGGAGCUCCGGGCCCGCCCUCCGAGCUCCUCGGGGGUGGUGCCGGCGGUGUCGGCGCGGCGGGCCAGGAGCGGAUGCUGCUGCCUCUGCUGCUGCCUCUGCUGCUGCUGCUGCCGCCGGCACUGGCCGAGGGGAACCGAGCGGCGAAGCUGCGGCUGGGGCUCCGGGACAGCCCCCGAGGGGAGGUGAGCCCGGCUUUCCUCUCCCUCACCCUGGAUGCCAGCCUCGCCCGGGACCCGCGCUAUGUCGCCCUGCUCAGCAAUUCCAAGCUGCGUGUCCUAGCAACGGCCCUGUCCCCAGGUUUCCUGAGGUUUGGUGGCACUGAGACAGACUUUCUUAUCUUUGAUCCCAACAAGGAUUCAACCUCAGAAGAAAAAAUCCUCUGGGAAUUUCAGGCACAGCAAGAGGCUUGUGGCUCAAGGCCUGCAUUUGCUGCUGUUGAGAAGGUGCUGCUGGCUCAAUGGCCCAGGCAGGAGAAGCUGAUUCUUGCCGAACAGAACCGGAAAAAGCACAAAAACACCACCAUUACAAAAAAUACACUGGAUAUUCUCUACAGCUUUGCAAACUGCUCAGGGUUUCACCUGAUCUUUGGACUCAAUGCCUUGCUGCGGAAAGGUGGCUUGCAGUGGGACAGCUCAAACGCCCAGGCACUGCUGGACUACUGUGCUUCCCAGAGGUACAACAUCUCCUGGGAACUCGGGAAUGAGCCCAACAGCUUCAGGAAGAAAUCUGGCAUCCACAUUGAUGGCUUCCAGCUGGGGCAAGAUUUUAUUCACUUACGCCAACUGCUGAAUAACUAUGCCCUCUAUCAGCAUGCCAAGCUCUACGGCCCUGACGUUGGGCAGCCCCGAAAGCACACGCGGAGGCUGCUCAGAAGCUUCCUGAAAUCGGGAGGGAAGGUGAUUGACUCUGUCACAUGGCACCAUUACUAUGUGAAUGGACAGAGUGCAACAAGGGGGGAUUUCUUGAGCCCUGAAGUGUUGGACACCUUUGCCACAGCCAUAUAUGAAGUCCUGGAGAUUGUUGGUCAGACUGUGCCGGACAAGAAGGUGUGGCUGGGAGAGACGAGCUCUGCCUAUGGAGGAGGAGCUCCCAGACUGUCUAACACUUAUGUUGCCGGUUUUAUGUGGCUGGACAAACUCGGGCUUUCAGCCAGGCAGGGGAUUGAUGUGGUAAUGAGACAGGUUUUCUUUGGGGCAGGGACCUAUCACCUGGUGGACGCCAGCUUUGAGCCUUUGCCGGACUACUGGCUCUCACUGCUCUACAAGAAGCUGGUGGGUACCAAGGUGCUGCAGGUCAGCCUGGCAGGAGCCAACAAGAGGAAGCUCCGUGUCUACCUCCACUGCACAAGCAGCCUCAACCCAAAGUACAGAGAAGGGGAUGUGACACUGUUUGCUUUAAACCUCUACAACGUCACCCAACAUUUGGAGCUACCAGAUUACCUAUUGAGCAAGCAUGUGGAUCAGUACCUCUUACUUCCUCAUGGCAAAGAGAAUAUUCUUUCCAGGUCUAUUGAGCUGAACGGCCGUGUGCUACGGAUGCUGGAUGAUGAAACACUGCCAGAGCUUGUGGAAAAGCCCCUUGGUCCUGGCAGACCGCUUGGCCUUCCAGCCUUCUCCUACGGCUUUUAUGUUAUCAAAAAUGCCAAAGCUAUUGCGUGCAUUUAAGUGGUCAACACACACACUCAGGAUAAAUGUAAAGCAUUUGCCUAGUAGGAAAUUAUAAUUCUAGAAAUUCACAUUUCUACCACAGGAUUUAAUUCUGGUAAGGGAUGCAAAUGUUGCAGCACUAGCACAACUGUUAGCUGGGGAAGACUGAGGUCCCACUGGGUAACUGGUACAAGGAGGAUUCCAGGAGAAUUAUCCAGGUAGAACAAGACCAGGCAGGUGCUGGUUUUGCUCUUGAUCUAGCCUGUCACUGUCCUUGAGCGUGGAACCCUUCUCCACAUCAUGCAGGGAGAUUCUCACACUACCUGGGGCUCUGCCUACCCAGGCAUUGCAACCUCCCCUCUCCCUCUCCGUUCUGCAAGCACA